AUGGAUGCUGGGAAGCAGGGCAGCAGUUCAUUUUGGAGUUGGGAGGAGAAUAAGAAAUUUGAAGUGGCCAUCGUUGCAUAUACUGAGAACCAUCACAUUCCCAUUCCUUGGGAUAAAAUUGCAGCAGAUCUGCCUGGAAGAACCGUGGCCGAAAUCAAAGCCCACUAUGACGAACUAUUGGAAGACAUCUGCACGAUUGAACUUUAUGCACUGUCUCUUCCCGACUGUGAUGUACCUGAGCAAUCUGCUGCUGGUUGUAGUGUUGCCAACAGAGGAAGUGUGAAUGAACCAAGGAGAGACCAAGAAGAGAUCAAGAGCGCCGCAGAGGGCAACCCUGGACAGAAGAAGAACACAAGUGACGACUCAUGCACGGAAAUACUUCAUCCGUCAGAAGACGAUGAACAAGGGCAGGAGAAGGAGAUCAAGGAUCCUUCUCCUUGA